CAAUCUGCAUUCACACAUACACAAGAACUUUAGCACAGCUUCCUUCGACAGAAUCGAGCUGUCGCGGAACCACAACAUGUCAUACCGAGGCCCGGCGAAGAAUCCUCUGAUAGUCCUAUCAGAUGGAGUAUGGACUGGCCGAGACGCAAACUCAGAGUCCAACGUACACCGUCUGGCGAAUUUGGUGUGGGGAGAAUCCGGACUACCCAGAGACGAUGACUUUGCACACCUUCACCCCACAGGGAAAGCCCAUUAUGUCAAUAGCGUGGCCGUAGGCAGCACAUUCAUGGAUCAUGUAAUCCACGGCCUCAACAUUGAAGACAUCGAGCAGCAAUGCAUAGACACCUACGAGUACCUAGUUCACGGCUACACCCCACAGGAAACCGAAAUAUGGAUGUUUGGUGGUUCGAAAGGAGCCUUUAUCAUCCGCUUCGUAGCGGGCAUGAUCAAUAACUGCGGGAUAGUGAAGCCAGUCUACGGCCUGAACGGGAACGUUGACGUUGAUAAGACACACCAACUGUGCCGGGAGGUCUAUCGCAUCUAUCGAUGUCCGUCAGAAGCCAACCGACCAAAGUCAGAGCAAUCACGGAUCUUUAGAAGAAAGCACAGCUGGGCUUUGAUCGGAGACGGGGAUGUCAUCGAACCGCCGAUUCGCUUCAUGGGAAUUUUCGACGCAGUUGGCGAACGCGGCAUCCCAGAGUUCGCGGGCGCAGUCGGCGUUGACUGGCCCAAGUUCCACGACCAGCACAUCUCCAGCGUUGUCUCCGAGGUCUACCACGCCGUCUCGCUACACGAUCGCCUGUACGCUUACCAGCCGUGUCUGAUUUCUCGCGACACAGAGUAUGGACCGUCGUACGGCAUUACGGAGCGUUGGUUUCCGGGCACGCACUACGAUAUCUGCCGACAGAGCUUCAAGAUUGUGAGAGGGGUGCUACCGCAGCGACUCGAGAGUGUUCUUCCAGCGUGGGCUUGGUCUAGCAAGACAAUCAAACCGAAUGAGGUCUUGAGCGAUCUCGUCUUCAAAUGGAUGCUGGAGUGCAUCGACGCACAUGACCCUUCGGGGCUUGUGAUACCGAAGAAUACGCUGUACCGUGAGCUAGAUGGGCUCAAGAAUAGCAUUCUAGAAGGGAAGAAUACUGGCGAUGGCGACGUCUACAACCACAUGCUUCAAUUUGCCCCCUUUGGACAGUAUUUCGACAUGGCGUUGUCCACAGCCUUUGGGAAGUGGCAAGAUAACCAGCUUUACAAGAUGCUCUUCGCCUGCAGGCCCCGUCUGAUUCCCGAGUUCAACGCGUCGGUGUACAACUACAGAGGCCCUGAUCCUAAUCUGGAUGGGAGGAUUAUCCAGAAGCUGGCGAACCUUCCAUCAAGUUCAACGCCACCCGAGAAGCAACCUGAAACGCGAUACCCAUCAACGUCAUACGAUGGAUGGCUCUUGAGGCGAUAGACCUGACCGAGGCUUGGAGUGUUGUAUAUGCUAGUGGAACUCAGGUAGGAUCUGUGGAGGUCCAGGUCAUAGCGAUAAAUGCACUGCCGGUGUCACUCGAUGCCAUGCCAUGCAUGCAUGCAUGAGCUGGCAAAUAAUUUCGCAUAUGUUCUUUAUCAUUGUGUACUAAUAAAUAUUGAAUUAAGAC